AUGAAAACAAAGAACAAUGUUACUGACUUUGUCCUCUUGGGCCUCACACAGAAUCCAAAGGAGCAGAAAGUACUUUUUGUUAUGUUCUUGCUCUUCUAUAUUUUGACCAUGGUGGGCAACCUACUCAUCGUGGUGACUGUUUCUGUCAGUAAGACCCUGGGCUCGCCAAUGUACUUUUUUCUUGCUAGCUUAUCAUUUAUGGAUGUCCUUUAUUCAUCAUCUAUUUCUCCUGAACUGAUUUCAAAUUUGUUCUUUGGGGAAAAUAUCAUAUCCUUCCAAUCUUGUAUGACCCAGCUAUUUACAGAGCACUUUUUUGGUGGAUCAGAGGUCUUUCUUCUGCUAGUGAUGGCCUAUGACCGCUAUGUGGCCAUCUGUAAGCCCUUGCAUUAUUUGGUGAUCAUGAGGCAGUGGGUAUGUGUUGUGCUGCUGGCAAUGUCCUGGGUUGGAGGUUUUCUCCAUUCAGUAAUUCAAGUUAGUACUAUUUAUGGGCUCCCAUUCUGUGGUCCCAAUGUCAUUGGUCAUUUUUUCUGUGAUAUGUACCCCUUAUUGAAAUUGGUCUGUACAGACACCCAUGUCAUUGGCCUCUUAGUUGCAGCCAAUGGAGGACUGAUCUGCACUAUUGUGUUUGUGCUCUUGCUAAUCUCUUAUGGUGUCAUCUUGCACUCUCUAAAGAACCUUAGUCCAGAAGGGAGGUGGAAAGCCCUCCAGACCUGUGGUUCCCACAUCACUGUGGUGGUCUUCUUCUUUGUUCCAUGUAUUUUCAUGUAUGCAAGACCUGCUAAGACCUUCUCCAUUGACAAAUCAUUGAGUGUGUUUUAUACAGCCAUAACCCCAAUGCUGAACCCACUGAUCUACACUCUGAGAAAUUCUGAGAUAACAAAUGCUAUGAAGAAGCUCUGGGGAAGAAACAUCAUAUCUUGUAGUAAAUGA